AUGUUGAGUCAGGCACCUUUUAACAAUCUCCCACCUAACGUCCUUUUCAUUUCUGUUGAUUGUGAUUCUGUCUUACCAUUAAGUUAUUUGUCAUCUGCCGGAUAUAAUAUAUUUGUGGCUAAGAAGAAAAAUACAAAUGGCUAUUUGAGUUAUACGCCAUUUGCUUAUGCCACGUGGUUGUGGAAUGAUUCACAGAAAGGAACCGAUGCGUAUGAGAAAUAUUGUCAGGAACAUGGUUUCAUAUUGAGUAUGAAUAAUACUUUCUCUUCUUCUUCUACUACUGCUUUUUCUUCUAUAUUGAUGUUGAGUUAUAUAGCUGAUCUGUGCGCUCCUCAAACCAAUACUAUCGGAUCUCGAUCGACGGACAAAAUAGUCAGACGAAGCGAGGAAGAACCUUAUCUAUGGAUCCCAAUUCAGUUUCUCGACCAAACUGUCAUAGCUAUCUUCAAGUGUCUUGGUCUUCUUUGUCCGACAGCGAAGAAAACUUCGGUGACUUUAUACCAACCGGACGAAGAAGAAGAUGUUGCCAUGAAAGACGAUGGUGUCGUUGUGUUGACUAGAGGCCGCAUGAAGGCCAGAGCUAAGAAAAAGGAUAAAGAAAACACUAGUAAAGGUCGACCUGGCCAAACUAAUAAAUUACUCAACGCAGCAAUAGAAACUUCUGUCUUGAACAAGGAGCAAAUAGAAAUUUCUGGGGAUUAAGAAGAAGUCAUGGAAUCAAAAGCUCCCAAGAGACUUAUUAUGCACUAGUUUAAUACCAAUGAGGCGUUCAAAGUCGUACCUUGCUUAUUUUUGCUUCCUCCUUUUCUUAAUUUCUUUCAAGACAUCAAUAUUUGACCCAAAGGUGUAUGUAUAUAUAUGUCUUUUAUAAACGAGUAACUCAAGACCAUAA